GACAUACGCGAAUCCUCGUUCGCAGUAAAUCUCGUUUUUAAAUAUUCUUAAGUAAAAGGAUAUCCUACAUUUAUCCUACCUUUGUUCAUUACGUCGUGAAUGAAAUCUAAAAUCUUCACUCAGUCGUUUCUUUUGUCUAUAGUCAUUCCUCAGUCUUUGCUCCUCACUCCAGUCCGUCACCCUGUAGAAACUCGAAAUCUUUGUUACAAAAGUAGAAAAUAGAAAAACAAACAGAGUGGAUGCAUCAGGGUACUUCACUUUACGAUGAAAAAGCAAAGAACAGACAUGCAAUGAUGAAAUAGUGCCAACUUUUGUGUCUUAUCUGGACAAAGUUGAAAGAUGUCUUCAGUUGGGCAACUGGUACCACAAGUAACAAAAGGGCCGCCUAAUACAACCUUUUCAUUUAAUGGCCCACACAUAGAAGGUUCAUUCUGUACCAACAUAAAUACUAAUUAUGAUCCAGUUAUAAGUGUCAUAUGUGCUAUGUAUAUUGUUUUUGGAAUAGUGUAUUCCCUUUUUGGAUACCGAUGUUUUAAAGCAAGUAUGUUCUUGACGGGGUUUACAUUUGGUUCUGCCAUAGUGUAUCUUAUAUGUCUACAAGAAUACUUGAUGCCGCCAUAUGGAAAUGUUGGUGUUGCACUAUGCGCUGGACUACUUUUUGGACUGAUAACAAUGCUUAUUCAGUAUGUUGGAUUGUUUAUGACUGGAUUUCACACUGGAUUAUUGAUUGCUAUUGCUGGUCUUGCUGUAUAUGAUCAGUUUCUGGACAGCAGACUCAAUACGUAUUGGCUAUGUGUCGUCUCAUUACUUUUGUCCGGAAUAUUUUUCGCCGUUAUCAACUUGUACUGGAAGAAAGUUUUAACUAUCUUCGGAACUAGUGUGUAUGGCGGCGCUGUCAUCGCUACAUCUCUGGAUUAUUAUGUUGAAAGAAUGGUUAUGCUCAAAUGGCUGUGGGAGCGUGCAAAGCUGGAACCAACUGUGCCACCUCCUUGUACAAUAUCGUGGUUCACUUUAGCUGCUUGGCCGACUGUCGCCAUUGUCGGUUUCACUGCACAAUGUGCUCUCACAGGCACCGGAAUAUAUCACGAACAGAGCAUAAGCGCACAAAAGCGUCUUCUCAAGGCACAGCCCGCUAGACCAGUCACACGUGAACAACGCGCAGAGAUGAAACAGCGCAAAUAUCGUUACCUCUAUCAGGUGCGGACUGCACACGGCGAUGUCAUUUCACAGUCAUACGUACAAGCAUUGCAAAAGAAGGCUCAAUGUGGUAUUUGGACGGGUAGCGCUGGUGGCGAAUGUAGUACGCUGCAAAGUGAUUCUACACACCUUACAGUAUUGGCUGGCUCGGAACAAGCCCCGCCCACUGAUUCUGACGAUGAUCUGGAACAGAUUCGAGCGGCCCACUAGAUUUGGUAACUCACAGACGAUCUCCACAUGAAUUUAUUUUUCUUAUUCCAGUAUUAUUUUAGUGAAUUUCAAACGUAUAUAUGAUAUUAGUAUUCUCCUAUAUGAAUUUAUUAUUUAAGUAAUGUGAUAAUGUAUAUAUUAGGUUUUUAAUUUAUUUAUGCCUCAAUUUUAUUUUUACAGUCAUCAUUUUUGACUAAGUUCUUUCGACUCUCGAAAACAAUUUAAGUGCUGAUCAACUUCUUGAAUCUGCGGGAAUAGAACUUCGUAGUAACAAUUUUUGUUAUGUUGGUAAUAUUGUUACGAUAUUAUAGUUUGACUCGAUACUAAAUAUUUUAAAAAAUCUUAUGUGAUUUAUUUUAAUGACGCGUGGAAAUAUUAGUUUAAUUUCUUAGACUUCACUAGAUUAUUCUAGUAAUAUAUAUACUACGUAAUUGUCGACUUUCGUGUAAAAAUAAGGCUCGUUUCUAAAGGUUUUAUUCGCCAAACUAUGCUAACUUUUCGACCGCCUAAAUAAUAUUUAAUUAAUCUAAACAAUAGUUCAAGACAUUUUUAUUGUUAGAACAAAGAUUAAAAUACAAUAUUUGGUUAACACUGCCAAUAGAAUAACGAAGUAUAAAUAAGGAUUUGGCCUUGAAAAAUGUUCAAUGUUUUCAAAUUCAUACCUGUAUUUUACAGACGAUUUUUUUGAUAAUUUAUUGCCUUUAUUGCAAUUCUUUUUAUGUAUAUAGACUUAGAAUCAGUUUAUUAAAGCAUAAACUUCGCAAAUUUGCAUUCUAAAUUAAUUGAAUGAUGAUAUGAUUUGGAAGACGUUGAUGGUAGGAAUCAAGAGUCGAGAGGCGAAUUAUGACUUCCGUAUGUCACAAUUCAAUAUACUUUUUAUAUUUUGACAAACAGGAGUAAUUUUAGUUUGUUUUAAUUUAUCUUAUUAUCGGGACCUUAAUUUAUUCACAUAUAUCGUUAAGUAAACUCGCGAGAGGACAGGUGUAGCCAUUUAUCCAAUAAUAUUACUAGUAUUUGUAGACGAGGGGGGUCCCGCCAUCUUGCGAGUCUUGCUUCUACGCUUUUGUUGCAGUACAAGAGUAUAUAGAGCGUCCAAAUUUUAUCCAUUUCGUCAGAAGCUUUGUUAAAUAUGAUUGUUCAUUAUGUGUUGUAAAUUUUGAGAUAUGUAACCGUACAUUUUUUCUGGUGUUGUGAUUGUGGAUUUGAUUGAGCCUAGCUCGUAUUUUCAGUUUAAGUUCACAAUGGGUAACCUUGAUUAAAGUCAUCACUGUUAAAUAAUACACUUGUAAGGAAAUUUAAUCCUUUGGCUAUACUAAAAAAUAUUAAGCAUUGCUGUACAAUCAGCAAUUUACAUACUAUCAAAGUUACCCUAUUGUAAGAGCAUUAUGUGAAAGAAUAAGAAUUUCUUGCCUCAUUUUGUAUUUAGGUAUUUCUUUUUAUUAAAUGCAGCACAAUAUGAUUGUGAUUGACGACCUUGUGAAGGGUAUAGUGUAGUAAUAACAAUAAAAUUUUACGUAAUGUAAGAGAACGCUCUAUUUUUCAUGUUUAGCGUAACUCAGAGGUUUGCUGGUUUUCAUAUUUUUUCUAAAUGGAAAUAUCGGAUUUAUACUAAAUAUGGAUUCCAGAAUAUUUUCGAUGCUUAGCAUAUUUUAUUACAAUGUUACAUACGCCGCUCAAACUGAGAGAAUCACUGGCUUCUUAGUGAUAUGUUUAUUUUUGGCCAAAGUUUAUUUUAGUUAUUAUUGGGCUAAGAGCACAAUUGCUUUAAUUUAAGAAUGUAUUUACUAUUUUCGCUUAUUACACUUGAAUAUAAACGCUUCUUAAACAUUCCUUUAUACACGAAUAUAUUGUUAUGUAUGCAGUAUGACCCUAGUCUAUGUCAAUGGUAAGUCGGUUAAAUUAAGGUGUAAUAUAAUGCAUAAUAAUUCGUAUGUUAAGCAUAGAUUAGUAGUUUUUGUCUAUGUUCAUCCAGUUCCAUAUAAUCGCUCAAUAUCUAGUCCUACUGAUUUAUUAAAUCUUAGAAACAUAAUACUUUAUCUAUUCAGCCAAUUAUAUUUGUCAUAAUAUAACUUAUUUUGUUAACAAUUCAAAGUGUUUAGAAGAAUAUGUUUUUGAAUUAAUUUCUUGACAAUUAAUCGGGCUAAACAAUAUGUAUGCUGACUUAUGUAUAUACAUUUAUAAACGUCAGUAAAUUUAUUCUAAAUGUAUAUUUACGCCCAGUUCUCAAAGCCGAAGAACGGACGACAGGAACUGGCACUAACUCUUUUUAAUAAACAAUUUUUUUACAAAAUGUUUGAAUGUAGGUACUAGGACCUUUAUCUCGUAGCAUGAGAUGAGGUCAAGCAAACUUUGCCCAACUAAAAGGCAUGCCAAAUUAAUUUUUUUUUUAAAUAUUGGUAACAAUGGAUUGUUGGCAUCUAUGUCACCGGUUAUGUCUCUGGCUUAAACAACGCUAUUAAAGUUCAAAAAUUAGUAAAUUUACCGGUUUUUUCAGUACAUUAAAACAAAAUCGGGUUUUAGACGAUGUCUUGUAAGUUUGUACAGAAAUUGUAUUUAUUUUUUUAAGAUAUUGGCACAUUUCAUGAGCGCUUUGAUUGUAGGGUAGUCCCAAUAUAGUAAAGUAAGGUAGAACUGUAUCUGUUUUAGUUUUACAUUAACGGAUUUUUUUAAACAUUAUUCUUAAUAUUCUCUUUCUAGAGAAAUUUUGAUGACAUUUUUGGUUUAUUUUCAAACAGAGAAUGUUUAAGAUUUACGAAUUGUUUUUUUUUUAAUUUGAAUUUUUUGUUUAAGACAUGUGUUCACGACAGCGUCUGUCAGGUCCGCUAGUAACAGUAAAUUUGUACUAAUCGCAUAGUAGGGCCAUGCAUCAUAUUUUCUACACUGUUCACUUCGGCUUUCCGGCAUAUGUGGACUAGACUACAUCUCAGCGAUCAUGAAUUCUUUUUCAUUAUUUUCCUUGGUUUGCAUAUUUGCCUUGGUUCUAUGUAUAUUAAAUUAUAAUGCACAUUCACACAA